AUGAAAAACAACAAGGCCACGGAAAACUAUUACCUUAAGGAACCUCCAUGUAACCAUGGCAACAAUGCGCUAAACAAGUGCUCAAGCUACUUCGACAUAAAUCAAUUUAAACAAUUAUACACCCCACAAAGUGUCAAUGGAUAUGAACAGAUUUUUUCCCCUCCUCGUAAAGAUAAAAAGGCAGGGAGAAAAAGUAAAAAGGAAAUAUCCAACAGCAAAGGUGCAAUCCAUUCAUUCCAAAGUGGUAACGACAAAACGAACAAAAUAAACCAAAUAAACAAAAUGAAUCGAAUGAACCAGUACCAGAAUGACACGAGAAACUCAAUGCCCGUAGGAAUAGGCGAAAGGAAAAAAAUGAAAUUUAACGUGCCGAAUGAAGAUCCCCACUGUUUUUACAGCAAUUCCUUUGACCAAACGCCCAGAAAGCACUUCUCUUUUAACCAUAUUCACCCACAAAAUGACGAAUCUCCAAACGUCUCUAAUCCUAGCAGCAGUGUCAGAAAAGGCCUUAACAAACCGACGAUUAGCAGAGACGGUUCAUUGAACAAAUACGAUUUUAUUAGAUUUGUUUGUUCUCCGAUCAAGAAAAGUGCCGAUAAUAGAAGCGCAAAGUGUGAUAGUGAAAUGUGCAGCCCGGCGAAAAAUAGCACCACCAGAAAUGACCCCAAAUAUGACCGCAAAAGAAACAGAAACUGCGGCGAACACACUGCCAUUAGCAUGGCCCCAACGUAUGACCCCGAGAGAAUCGUAGACAAUUAUUCCCAAUGGGACAAUAUUUUCUAUCCGAAAAGGGACCAACAGAAUGCACUCAAAACCGACCAAAAUUUUAACCCUCAAAAUUAUCUCAAAACAGGAGCAAAUUAUGGCGAACACAUUGCCACGCGUAGUAAUAUAGAGAAUGUCACCAAAAGAACCGUAAACAACUACACCAAAGGGGACCAAUCUUUUGACCCAACAGGGGAGCACCAGAAUGCCUCCCAGACGGAACAAAAAUUUGCCCCCCAAUAUGAUUUCAAAAGAGGGGCAACAUAUACCCGAAAUGUUACCCACAACAAUGAGGCAAAGAAUAACUCAAAAGAAACCCGAAACACUUGCUCCAGCUGGGACCAAUUUUUUGAUCCAAGAACAGAUCCGCAGAAUGACUUCAGAACGAACCAAAAUUUUGACCCCCAAGAUGACCUCAAAGGAGGCAAAAAAUAUGCCCAAAACAUUACCCAGAGAAAUGACACAAAGAUUUAUGCAAAGUGUGCCACUCUUUGUGUCACAAAGAGUUACCCGAAAAAUGACCCAAGAUGGGAUGCAAAAAAUACCCACAAAACGGACCCACACAAUGAGUCAAUUUUUCAUCCCAAAGGGAGUGCAAGGUGUGGCGAACGCGUUGGCACAAACGAAACCACUAACGAUGACACAGCGGAAGAUCCAAAAAGUGACAUAAAAAAUUUCCCAAAAAAUUGCCCCCCAAAUGACCAGUACAAUGGCACAAACCAAAGCAGCGAAAGUGACCAAGAGAGUACCCCCCAGAACGGGGCUUUGAACAAUGAACUGAUGGACCUAGAUAGCCACGACUCCAUUGACCGACUUAGUAGAAACUUUUUCAUAAACAAAAAGAAGAUUUUCAUUACGCACUUUCGAAAAGAGAAGGAUGCACAUAGUAAACGUGCCAGCAGUCAUCCACAUAGCAACUGUGGGAACGUUCCUCUCCCUUACGAUGCACCAGAGGGGGGAAGGAACAAAGGAAAAAAUGAACACAACAAAUGGAAGGAAAAUGCUGAACAAGUAACCCCAGGUGGUGAAACUUUGCAGUACAGCCUUUUUGCAAAAGUGAAUUCCUCGCAUUGUGAAGACUAUGUUAACAGCGGGGAGGAAAACUGCGCGAUGGAAAACUCCAUUAGAGAGAAUUACCGUGCAAGAGGAAACAGAGCCGAACGUGACGAUUACAACGAAGAUGACGAGCACCAUAAUCACGACACAGGCUACUCCGAUGAAGAGCCGCCUGAUGGUAGCAGCUUCCUGCGAGACAUGGACUCCUUCGUGCGCAAAAACUGCAACGUGACAAAAUCGCUGUACAACCAUCUGGACGUCCCCUACAACGGCAGCAAGGAAGAAAUUAAAAAGUCUUACAAGGAAAAAAUAAAGGUUCAUCACCCAGACAAAGGAGGAAGCAUAAACAAGUUUCUUCAACUGAAGCUCUCUUAUGACAUCCUAACAAAUGAUAAAAAGAGAAAAAUGUAUGACAAGUAUGGACACAGCAUAUUAGAAUUAUUAGUGAGCGAAAAAUUUCAAAACUAUGAGAUAUCUUCAUCGGAUGGAGAAAAUAGUGAAAACGAAAUUGAUGAUGAUAACGUAAAAAUCUACGACUUGUUUGUCCAAAAGUACAACAACACAUCGUACUUACACAACUUACACGAUUUAAAAAUGGAUAGCAAUCAGUACAACGAAUUUCAGAAAUUAAUUUUCCACUUCUUUCAUCAUGAGAAUCCCAUGUUUACGAACACCUUCCAUUUAUUCCCAGCUUACUCUCCGUUUGUCCCUCCCUAUAGGAAGAAAAAAACAGACAAACGGAAGGCGGAUAAAAUAAAGGCAGUUGGAAAAGAGGUUGCUGAAAAAGAGGUUGCUGAAAAAGAGGCAGUUGGAAAAGAAGUUGAAAAAAAGACAGAUAAAGAAAGAAUUUCCAAUUUGGGAUUAUCAAGCAGCAUGGACACCUCCUCUGAUUGUUUUAUCCGACGGAAGGAGCUGCUCAGUUCUGAAGACAGUUCCACAUCUCGAAAUGAUUCCCCUUCAAAUUACAGCGAAACAAAGGAAUGCUCAAUUUACGAUGUACUAAGCAUAGAACAUGUCACUAAUCUGUUUAACGAGCUCGACGAUGAUUUUAAAUACUUCUACAAAAAAUGCAUCGUGUACAAAAUAGAAGAAUCAGAACUAGCUAAUAACUCCAAGUAUGGCAAAAAAGGCCUGACUAAAAUCGUAAAUCCUGGGGAAGACCAUCACGAGGAGGGCAAGGCCAACGUUGAUGAUACCUGCACCCCCGUGAAGGAACAUACACCCCACCCCUUCGAACAGUCUCCCUACGAUGAAGAUGUUGCCACUCCCCUAGCGCAGUGCCAAGCGUCCCAGGAGAGACACAUCCCCAACGGUUGCAGCCGAAACGAAAGAGCCCAUUUUUUCCGGGAUAUUCAAACCUCCCCCAUUGCGUACAAAAUUAUAAAGGAAAAUGACGAGAGGCACAUAGCCGAGUUUUACAGGUGGUUUGAAUUAUUUUUCAGCCACCACGAGGAGGCGCAAGCGGCCAGUGAAGCCACGAAAGAAGCCGAGAGAGAAGCCGCCAAUGAAGCUGUAAGUGAAGUAGCUAACCAUGCAAUUCAAAGCGAUCAACGCAUUUGUAGUGAUAUUCCCCCCAAUUCGCGGAGAGGAGCGGGCACACCCACCGCCGCUGCUCACCGCAGGCCACAGUCAGAAACACAUUCAGCACGAAGUAACGAUUCGAACGCAGAAAUCAAUUCGGAGCGAUUUAGAACGUUCCAAUCCUGUGCCGAGAAAUCCCGCCCCUUGGGGCAGAUGAUGCGUUGCAGUACUGACACCCCGAAUGCACAAGUAAAUAGCGAUGCCCAAAACUGGGGGAGCCCCGCUAGAUUUGCACAUGAUAACAACGGCAAAACCAAACAUCGCGACGGCGGCGGAAGCGGCCACUUCCAGACGCAUCCAGAAACAACGGCAAUCCGUGCAACGCCAAGCCGCGCAAACACCACUCCUCGGAAAACGGAAAAAAAAGGCGAGAAGCCUAAUAGAUGUCGAGAAAAAGACGCACACAAAAUAACCCCCCUGCGUAGCAUGAGCACCAAAGUGGAAGAUAAUAACCUGGCACUAAAUAUUGAAGAAAAAUAUGGCUUCAAUUUGCUGAAAAGAAGUGAACAAAAAAUUAAAGACAUGACACACGAUUUUAAUUACAUAUAUAUAGGAACCAACAUGAUGAAGAAAAACAAAUUUGUCCUUUUCGUAAAAGAAGAAAGUAUAAAAAGGUUUUUAAAAGUUAAACUGCUCAUCGAGAAAAUUAAGAAAAAGUCAAACUUGAAACUCAUAUCCGUAUUCGAAAACGAAAUAGAAAAGAACAUAAAAGACAUGGAGUAUAUUUUACUGCUGACAACACACAAGGAUGAAUUCCUUCCACUCAACGAUUUCUACCUGCUUGACAGAAAUGUUUUUACAAAGGACCAUUAUUGCAUACCCAUAUAUAUAAAAAAGAACAGCAUAAGCAGACCAACGCAUUUUCACAUGAGGUGGAUUGUAUACACCAUACAGUCGCUCAUCUUUUUUAAUUUCUUUUUUAAAAAAGUCAAUAAGUAUAUGUGUGCCUUCCCCUUUUUUAAUUACAAGUAUAAUUUACUCAAACAGUUUUUCCACCAUGAAGAAAAAUCCAAUAAUACUAUCCCCCAUGAUAUAAAAAAUUUUUACAUUUUUUUCCAGCAGUACAUCAUCAAGAAUAAGCGGCAGUAUUUGAAGUACUUUCCGCAUUCCAUCAUUCUGCAGUUAGAAAAUGACGCAUCGGUAGAUUACCAGAGUAAGAAACCCGUGCGCGUAAACAUGUCCUCCAUUUUGGUGCUGACGUCGAACAAGCCUAUACCCUCCGCGCAAUGGUAG